AUGAAUCCCUCUGAGUUUCACGGUGGUCCCGACCCGGUCGUAGCCGAAGAGUGGAUCAAAUCCUUGGAGGUGAUCUUUGAUUACAUGCAAAUGAAUGACCGUGAACGAGUGCAUUGUGCCCUAUUUUUACUUCGCAACGAAGCUCGGAACUGGUGGGAGGGAGCUAAGGAAGGUAUCGAACUUGAGAACUUAUCGUGGCAGGCGUUCAAGGUCCAAUUCUUUGAGAAAUACUUUUCCAAGGACGUCCGAGCCAACAAACUCAAGGAAUUUAUGGAACUCCGCCAAGGGGACCUUCCCAUGACCGAAUACAUUCGAUUAUUCGAACGAGGAUGCCUGUAUGCCCCAUUUAUCGCCAAGGACGUCGAGGAAAACAAAAACCACUUCACAAGGGGACUACAACCCGAAAUCCGAAGGGAUAUCCGCAUGUCUAGUGCCACCACCUUUCGCCAGAUGGUGGACAAAGCACUAACGGCUGCCCAAGAUUAG